GUUGCAGCAGCCAGCGGCCACACUGUGGUGUUGGUAGACCAGUCGGAUGAAAUCCUUAAGAAGUCGACAAAAGGAAUUGAAGAGAGCUUGAAGAGAGUGACAAAGAAGAAGUUUGCGGAUAAGCCUGAGGCUGGCGCCGAGUUCAUCGAGAAGACCUUAAAGAACAUCACAACGAGCACAGAUGCCGUAGCGGUGGUCCACAGCACGGAUCUGGUGAUAGAAGCCAUCGUGGAGAACCAGGAAGUUAAAAAUGAACUCUUCAAGAGGCUGGAUAAGUUUGCUCCAGAGCACACAAUAUUUGCAAGCAACACUUCGUCCUUGCAAAUCACGGGGUUGGCUAACUCAACUACCAGGCAGGACCGAUUCGGUGGUCUCCAUUUCUUCAAUCCUGUGCCUAUGAUGAAGCUUGUGGAGGUCAUCAAGACACCAAUGACCAGCCAGAAGACUUUUGAAUCGCUUGUGGAUUUCAGUAAAGCAGUAGGAAAGAGCCCUGUCAGCUGUAAGGACACUCCGGGGUUCAUUGUAAACCGUCUCCUGGUGCCUUAUAUGAUGGAAGCGGUUCGACUUUUUGAGAGAGGAGAUGCAUCAAAGGAAGAUAUUGAUGUUGCUAUGAAGCUGGGGGCUGGCUAUCCCAUGGGUCCGUUUGAACUGCUGGACUACGUCGGGCUGGAUACCAGCAAAUACAUUAUAGAUGGGUGGCAUUCCUUAGAGCCCAACAAUCCUCUUUUUGCGCCCAGCCCGCUCCUGAAUAAACUGGUAGAAGAGAAGAAGCUGGGGAAGAAGACUGGAGAGGGGUUUUACAAAUACAAAUGA